UGAUGUAUCGUGACUUCACUGGAGAAAAAUAUUUCCAAACAUGGCAGGGUGUUUUGAACUGUUGUACUUCUGAUCGCCAUUAUAGACUGCUAACAUGGAAGAGCGACGGCUCUAUGACCCUGCCGAUGAAGUCCAAGACUACUCUAAGCUCUUAAAUGAUAGUAACAGCGAAGAAAAUGACAGAUCCUAUUCCUCUCUUCAAGAAGAAGCGCUACUUUUUGAAGAGGCCAUUGCUUCCACAGGGAUCGGAAAUUUUCAUUAUCUUCUUCUCUGCGUUUGUGGCUGGGCAUUAGCAUCAGAUUCAGUUGAAAUACAGGCUGUAUCUUUUGUUCUGCCAUCAGCAUGUGACUUGAAUUUAACGUCCAGUGAUAAAGGAUGGCUGAAUGCCAUCAUAUUUGUUGGUAUGAUGGUUGGGGGAUAUAGUUUUGGUGGUGUUGCAGAUAUAAAGGGGCGAAGAUUUGUUUUGAUGUGGUCAAUGUCAUUAAAUGGGCUCUUUGCACUGGCAUCUUCAUUUGCUGAUGAUUUUCUGAUGUUUCUGUUCUUACGGUUGAUGAGUGGUGUUGGGGUUGGUGCUGCGAUGCCUGUAGUCUUCGCCUAUUUUACCGAGUUUCUCUCGAUGAAGAAUCGUGGUCCAAUGAUCGGGUUCCUCGCAAGUUUUUGGAUGGUUGGCAAUAUCAUGACUGCUGGAAUCGCAUGGUUUAUUAUACCAAAGCUACAUCUUGGCUCUCAUGUUGGGGAUAUAUUUUAUGGCAGUUGGAGAAUUUUUGUCGCCUUGUGCUCCAUUCCAAGUAUUUCUUCGGCACUUUUUGUGUUCUUGCUCCCCGAGAGCCCAAAGUUUCUGCAGAAGACUGGUCGGUUUGAAGAAGCGGCUAAUGUUAUGACAAAAGUAUACAAGAUGAACAACUCGAGUAAAAGGCAUCUUAUCCCACCUGAGAUAUCUAAAUUCUCUGCAUUCUGUGAAGAAUCAUCUUUGACACGCGAAGUACGGGAAUUUGUCAACCGAGGCAACAAAGAUGAAUACGAAAAAUGUGGUAAAAAUUUGAAAAGAACUCUCAGUAGGUUGUGGAAGUCAAGUAAAGAACUUUUUCGUGCACCUCUGACUUCGCGGACAUGGAUAUCGAUUCUUAUUUGGUUUACUCUAUCAUUCGGUUUCUACGGACUGUGGAUGUGGUUUCCAGAACUGUUUCAGCGAAUCCAGAGUGGGCAAUCGAGCUGCAGCAGAUCUGCGAGUCACACGGGGGUCGUGAACCCAAUGGCAAAUAUGACAUGCCGAGAGAAAGUGAUGAAUAAUAAUCAAAUUUACUUCGAAUCGUUCUUGGUGGCAUUGUCCAAUCUUCCAGGCAAUGUAAUAAUGAUCAUUCUAGUCAACAAAAUUGGACGAAGAAAGCUCCUUGCUGCAUCUAUGGUUGUCAGUGGCGUGAGUGCCUUCUUCUUCUGGUUUGUCACUACAAGGACGCAUAUGAUCAUUAUGUCUUGCAUAUUCUCCGGACUGGCAACUGCAGGCUGGAAUGCUUUAGACGUUUUGUCCAUGGAGCUUUACCCGACACACCUUAGAUCGACAGCUUUUGGAAUCCAAGCUGGAGUCGGGAGGAUUGGAGCAAUUUUAGCCAAUCAGAUAUUUGGUUUGCUUGUUGAUGUGCAUUGUGCCAUUCCACUAUUUCUUGUCGCGGGGUUGUUAUCAACAGGCGGGUUGGCUGCUUUGAAGUUACCCAAGACCGACAAUGAGGCGUUGCACUGAGAUUCUAAUGACGAAAAUUUUUAAUGCAGGUUGUAUAUUUCGUAGCAACCAUGCCACGAAUGGCACUUUUAAUACUGGCUAGAAAUUUUCAAUAUACAAACUAGAAUUCAGCGAUUCUUUAAAAAUGUAUCAACACGGACCAAUGUUAGCCUGUGUGCAGAUUCUGUUUUAACUCUGUUUUGAAAAGGGGAGACAAGAAGCUUUUCAACAGAGUCUGCACGCAGGCUAAUCAAUUUUGGCUCGUAGGGAUGACUGUCAAAUGUCCUUGGAACGCCCCUUUUCUAUGAGCUAUUCAGUAAAAAUCAAUUUUUUACAUAGAAGAGGCUGACGAUGCACCCCCUCUUCCUCAAAACAAUGUUGCUUAGAGAGUAGAACAUCAUAACUAUCUGACAGGUAUCCAUUGGAUCACACUGAAUCCAUAACAUUAUAUAAAACAACAAUGUUUGGAGGAGGUGAUAGGGUUGUAGCAUUAAGUGUAUAAAAUUUAGUGCAGGGUACCAAGAUCUGAUGUAGAGAUUGUAUAUGAUUUGACCGUGGAAUUGGAAAUGUCUAGAUCACUGAGCCUUUUACAUUGAUAGUUUUAUAUACUGUGGUUUUUAUUUAAUACUCGCUUGAUACCUACAUUGUAAAAGAGGGUUUCAAAUGGUCUCUGGUCAAUGUCUUGAAAACUUAGGUACCUGUUUCUCGUUUAGCAGAAGAAACAUUGCCUUACCUAAAAAAAUGGUCACCUGGGCUAUCAAAUAUUGAAAGCCGGGAGAUGUCAGCCAAAAAAUGUUUUCUCAAUGCAUCUGAUACAGUAUUGAGAAUAAAAAACGAUGUACUUUGAAAUUACUUUUUUAGAUAUAAACUGGUCUAAGAAGAGAGUAUGAGACUGAACUUUCAGUUAUCUACAAUUACUUUACAGAAAGUUUUUAUCCGUUAUGUAAAAUAAAGGUAUCCAUGAAUCAAGGUGGUGUUUUGAAAAUGACAACGCUGCCUAACCUUACAGGCCUUAUAGAGGUUAUAAUGAUAGCAUAAUAAGUUUAAACUUUACAUAGCUAUCCCCUGUAGAGAGUUAAACCGUAUUUUGCCAUUAAAAUUUUAAGUCAGUGAUACCGGUGCCCUUCUCCCAAAUAAAUUACAAAAAAUGAACAUUAUACAAAAUGAACAGUUUAUUUUAACAGUUAGGCUUUAGUCUCAGACAUUUUUUUGUCAUUCGCACCAUGCUCUUUACCCCCUUCUUCCCAGCAUUAAUUGUUUAAGGGUCAGGUUUACCAGAGUUCAAAGACAAUUUACGGUAGAUUAUUUUUGUUGCAUAUUUAUUAUCAUAAGUGAAAUAGAUAUAUUUUAUUUAUAGAUCAGUUAUUUCCCUAUUGACCAAUUACAUGGAGGAUUUGACCAGUUCAAACUGUAUUAAUUGUAUCGUUUUAAUUUUAAUAUGUACUUCUGUCCUCUAAAA